GCGAGGCGCUCAAAGUCAGCCUCGCAGACAUUGCAGCAGAGCCCCGAACUCGGGAGGCGGCGGCGGCCGAGGCGGAGGGAAGACCCGGCCCCACUCCCGCCCGUCCGCGCGCGCCCGCCCUGGCCUCGCGUCCGCCGCUACGCUCCGUAGCGCUGCUGUCAGAGGGAAGAGCUCGCCCGGGCGCCGGGGAAGGACGGGGCGGCGGGGCGCCUUCGUGGAGUGAGCCUGACGGAGCCGGACGCACGGAGCCGCGGCGGCCUCGGGAAAUAUUUGGAUUUCAGAACUCUGCUCUCAGGACCCAUUAUUUAAACAUUGAGGAGAAGCACAUCCGGAAGGUGCACACUUGAAGGAUGAUCAGGGAAUCUAAAGACUCCAGAUGACAUCAGAGCUACUUUUCAACAGCCUUCUCAAUUUCCUUUCUCAGAAAGCAGAGGCUCAAACCUUGGAGACAGAUGAACAUUGAUAUUUGCAUUUAAUGGGGAACAAAAGAUGAAGGAGGAAAAGCACUAUAUUCUCUAAGGAUUAUAUCUGCUUGCUGCUACAGACCUAUGUGUUAAGAAAUUCUUCUGCUGCUUCUUGCUUAGAAAGAAGUUGAUCAGCUGUGUGGAGUUGCCUGCCUUUUAUCUUGUCAUUGCUAGAAGAAAUCCUAGUCGGAAUGUAACAGUACAUGUCCAUCUAAUUGCUAUGGAAGGUGAUAAACUGCCAUUCAGUUAUUAAAGUUAUAUCUAACUUGCCCACAGAAAACCAUUCUUUAAAGUGAAUAGAAAUCAAGCCCUUGUGAACACUUCUAUUGAACAUGACUCAUGGAGAAGAGCUUGGCUCUGAUGUGCACCAGGAUUCUAUUGUUUUAACUUACCUAGAAGGAUUACUAAUGCAUCAGGCAGCAGGGGGAUCAGGUACUGCCGUCGACAAAAAGUCUGUUGGGCAUAAUGAAGAAGAUCAGAACUUUAACAUUUCUGGCAGUGCAUUUCCCACCUGUCAAAGUAAUGGUCCAGUUCUCAAUACACAAACAUACCAGGGAUCUGGCAUGCUGCAUCUCAAAAAAGCCAGACUGUUGCAGUCUUCUGAGGACUGGAAUGCAGCAAAGCGGAAGAGGCUGUCUGAUUCCAUCGUAAAUUUAAACGUAAAGAAGGAAGCUUUGCUAGCUGGCAUGGUUGACAAUGUGCCUAAAGGCAAACAGGAUAGCACAUUACUGGCCUCUUUGCUUCAGUCAUUCAGCUCUAGGCUGCAGACUGUUGCUCUGUCACAACAAAUUAGGCAGAGCCUCAAGGAGCAAGGAUAUGCCCUUGGUCAUGAAUCUUUAAAAGUGGAGAAGGAUUUAAGGUGUUAUGGUGUUGCAUCAAGUCACUUAAAAACUUUGUUAAAGAAAAGUAAAGCUAAAGAUCAAAAGCCUGAUACCAAUCUUCCUGAUGUAACUAAAAACCUCAUCAGAGAUAGGUUUGUAGAGUCACCUCAUCAUGUUGGACAAAGUGGAACAACGGUCAUGAGUGAACCCUUGUCAUGUGCUGCAAGAUUACAGGCUGUUGCAAGCAUGGUGGAAAAAAGGGCUAGUCCUGCCACCUCACCUAAACCUAGUGUAGCUUGUAGCCAAUUAGCAUUACUCCUUUCAAGCGAAGCCCAUUUGCAACAGUAUUCUCGGGAACAUGCUUUAAAAACACAAAAUGCAAAUCAAGCAGCAAGUGAAAGACUUGCUGCUAUGGCCAGAUUACAAGAAAAUGGCCAGAAGGAUGUUGGCAGUUUCCAGCUCUCAAAAGGAAUGUCAAUCCAUCUUAAUGGUCAGGCAAGAACAUCAUCUAGCAAACUAUUGGCUAGCAAAAGUAAUGCUACAACAUUUCAGAAUCCAAUGGGUGUUGUUCCUUCUUCCCCCAAAAAUGCAGGCUAUAAGAAUUCACUGGAAAGAAACAAUAUAAAACAAGCUGCUAGUAAUAGUUUGCUUUUACAUCUUCUUAAAAGCCAGACUAUACCUAAGCCAAUGAACGGACACAAUCAUAGUGAGAGAGGAAGCAUUUUUGAGGAUAGUAGUACACCUACAACUAUUGAUGAAUAUUCGGAUAACAAUCCUAGUUUUACAGAUGACAGCAGUGGUGAUGAAAGUUCUUAUUCCAACUGUGUUCCCAUAGACUUGUCCUGCAAACACCGAAUCGAAAAACCAGAAACUGACCAACCUGUUUCUCUGGAUAACUUAACUCAAUCAUUGCUGAACACUUGGGACCCAAAAGUCCCAGAUGUAGAUAUCAAAGAAGAUCAAGAUACCUCAAAGAAUUCUAAGCUAAAUUCACACCAGAAAGUAACACUUCUUCAAUUGCUACUUGGCCAUAAGAAUGAAGAAAAUGUAGAAAAAAACACCAGCCCUCAGGGAGUACACGAUGUGACAAAGUUCAAUACCCAAAAUUAUAUGAGGACUUCUGUAAUAGAAAGCCCCAGUACAAACAGGACUACACCAGUGAGCACUCCACCAUUACUUACAUCAACCAAAGCAGAGUCUCCCAUGAAUCUUUCUCAACACUCUCUGGUCAUCAAAUGGAAUUCCCCAGCAUAUGCCUGCGGUACUCAGUCUGAAAAGCUAACAAAUACUGCAUCUAACCACUUGAUGGACCUUACAAAAAGCAAAGAAUCGCAAGUAGAGAAAUCAGCCCAAAAUGAAGGUGCACAAAACUCUGCAACUUUUAGUGCCAGUAAGCUGUUACAAAAUUUAGCACAGUGUGGAAUGCAGUCUUCCAUGUCAGUGGAAGAGCAGAGACCCAGCAAACAGCUGUUAGGUGUAAACAUAGAUAAACCUGUGGGUAUGACUGAUAGAUUAAAUAGCCCUGUGCUCCCAAAUAAAACAAAUGCAGUUGAAGAAAAUAAAGCAUUCAGUAGUCAGCCAACAGGUCCUGAACCAGGACUUUCUGGUUCUGAAAUAGAAAAUCUGCUUGAAAGACGCACUGUCCUCCAGUUGCUCCUGGGAAACCCCAACAAAGGUAAGGGUGAAAAGAAAGAGAAAAUUCCUUCAAGAGAUGAAAGUACUCAGGAACAUACAGAGAGAGCUUUAAGUGAACAAAUAUUGAUGGUGAAAAUAAAAUCUGAGCCUUGUGAUGACUUACAUAUUCACAAUACAAAUGUGCACUUGAGCCACGAUGCUACGAGUGCCCCAUUCUUAGGUAUGACUCCUACCAUGCAGAGACAUGCACCUGCCUUACCAGUGUCUGAGGACUUUAAAUCAGAGCCUGGUUCACCUCAGGAUUUUUCUUUCUCAAAGAACGGUCUGUUAAGUCGAUUGCUGAGACAAAAUCAAGAGGGUUACCUGGCAGAUGAUCCAGACAAGAGUCACAGAAAUAGUGAACUGACACCCCUAGAAUCAAAGAAUCUUUGCAUGGUUCCUAAAAAAAGGAAGCUUUACACUGAGCCAUUAGAAAAUCCAUUUAAAAAGAUGAAAAAUAACAUUGUCGAUGCUGCAAGUAAUCACAGUGCUCCAGAAGUACUGUAUGGGUCCUUGCUUAACCAAGAAGAGCUGAAAUUUAGUAGAAAUGAACUUGAAUUUAAAUAUCCUGCUGGCCAUGGUUCAGCCACUGAAAGUGAACAUAGGAGUUGGGCCAGAGAGAGCAAAAGCUUCAAUGUUCUCAAACAGCUUCUUCUUUCAGAAAACUGUGUGCGAGAUUUGUCCCCACACAGGAGUAACUCUGUCAUCGACAGUAAAAAGAAAGGACACAAAAAUCACAUGACCAGAAGCAAACCUGAAUUCAACAUUUCUUCUUUAAAUGGACUGAUGUACAGUUCCACUCAGCCAAACAGUUGUGUGGAUAACAGGACAUUUUCAUACCCAGGAGUGGUAAAAACUCCUGUGAGUCCUCCUUUCCCUGAACACUUGGGCUUUGCGGGGUCUAGACCAGAAUCCGGGCUUUUGAAUGGGUGUUCUAUGCCCAGUGAGAAAGGACCCAUUAAGUGGGUUAUUACAGAUGUGGAUAAGAAUGAGUUUGAAAAAGACUGUCCACGACUGACCAAAACUAACCCAAUACUGUAUUAUAUGCUCCAGAAAGGAGGCAAUUCUGUUACCAGUCGAGAAACACAGGACAAGGACAUUUGGAGGGAGCCUUCAUCUGCCGAAAGUGUCUCACAGAUUACAAUCAAAGAAGAGUUACCACCUCCUGCAGAAACUAAAGCUUCUUUCUUUAAUUUAAGAGGCCCUUAUAACAGCCAUAUGGGAAAUAAUGCUUCUCGCCCACACAGUGCAAAUGGAGUUUAUGGACUUCUGGGAAAUGUGCUAACAAUAAAAAAAGAAUCAGAAUAAAAUGUACCUGUCAUCCAGCUUUGGAUCUUUUUAAACCUGAUUAGUAUGAACUUGAGAUCUGUAUAAAUAAGAGCAUGAUUUGAGAAAAGCAUGGAAUAAUUGAAACUUUUUUCAUUUUGAAAAGUAUUGGUUACUGGUGAUGUUUAAAUAUGCAUAUUAAUUUUUGCUUAACAUUAGAUGUCAUGAGGAAACUACUGAACUAGCAACUGGUUGUUUAACACUUCUGUAUGCAUCAGAUAUCAACUGUGAGUAGCCUAUGAAUGAAAUUCUUUUAUAAUCAUAAAUGAUAGGCAUAAAUUAAAAUUUAAAACUCCACCCAUAGUGGAUUAAUGCAUUUUGCUGCCUCUGUUAGGUGACUUUAUUUUGCUUUUCUGAAGUCAGCCUAUAUAACGUAUUUUUAAACAUCCAAAUUCUUAGAUAAUUCUUUAAAGGAUAAUUACUGAAUAAAAAAUCUAGUGCUGAUUCACAUUUCAUUAUCCAAUUCAAAAAUAAAUUAGAAAAAAUAUGCCUACAUUUUUCACUUUUGCUAAAAAAACAUAUUUAUUUUUAACUCUUGGAGGGGGUUUUGUGGAUCCCAGUGUGUCUGCUCCACCCCAGUCCUUUUCAAUAUAUUUCUUUAAACCUUGUACUACUUAGUAAAAAUUGAUUACAAUUGAGGGAAGUUUGAUAGAUCCUUAAAAUAAAAAAACAUUUCCAUUUUUGUAUUUUAACUACUUUACUAAUUUAAUACUCCUCCUUUUACAGAAUUAGGAAGGUUAAUGUUUAUCUUCAGGUGGUUUCCUGAAUAGUUGAAUGUUUAAGAAAUUGUUUUUAACAGAAGCAAAAUGUCUUUUCUUUAGACAAAUUUCACCAUCUCUUAUUCCUGUGAUACCUGUGAGUCCUAUGUCCAGGAUAUCUUAAAGCUGGACACAGACUUCCUGCAUUAGAAUCAUCUGGAGAUGUUUUUAAAUGCAGAUUCAUAGGCUGCAUCUCAGAUCUGCAGAACAAGAAUCACUGCUAGGUGGACCUGGGAGUCUUCUUUCUUCAUCUUAACACUCUCCUUAGGUGUUUUGGCUGCACAUUGAAGUUUGAGAACCAUUGCUUAUGACUUUUCUCAGAACUGUAAAAAACUAUUUGAGGCCUGUGUUUUCCCCAGUACAGUCACACGUCAACUCAAAACUUGCAAUAUUGUCAUUCGUAUAUUACCGUAUGUCUUUGGAAAUCGGGUUCAGAAUACUUUUUAUGACAAAUUGCGUAGAGGGGACAACUUUCAUAUCUGGCUCGACAUCUCAGGAAAAUCUGUGAUUAUUUAUGUGUUCUAAUGAGUAACAUCUACUUAACUAGCCUUAGGGAUGGAAUAACAGGGCCACUUACCAAACUCAGGUGAUUCCAGGACAGUUUGGAAACUUCUCCUGAAUACAUCCUUAACUUCUGUUAAAAACCAUUGUCCUAAGAAUAAUGCUGACAAAGACUAACAUAUUUAGUUCCAACCCAAGAAAGACACUAAACUCAGAUUGACUAAAUGAAAAAAGUACAAAGGACACACAUACAUAACGAAAUUAUACACAGUCACUCCAUUAGAUCUCUUAUUUUAAAAUAGUGAUUAAAAGUAAACAUUGAUAAUGUCCUGGAAGAACUUAAUGUAUUAUCGAGCCACAUGGGGUUUCGAUCUUGAAACAAGUCCAUUCUUAAGUUGAGUUUUUACAAUCCACAAUUCAUUCAUCAGAUAAUAUUUUUAAUUGUGAACCAGGUUAGCAACUGACCUGUCAAAAAUUAUUAUAUAAUUAAUGUAAUAUUAAUUGAAGGAAAUUUAUUUAAAGUUGUUCUACUUGAAGUUGUUUCUAAGAUUUUUAUAUUAAAAAUGGGUCUUGUUUCUUAAUAUGAUCUAAAACCCUAAAUGGUUAUUUUUUUCUCAAUGAUUUGUAAAUAGCUACUGGAUAUAAUAAUAGGAGUGAAUAUUAUGCUACAUCAUAGAAAGAUGAAGGCAUAUGCUUAUUCUGACAUGAAAAUUCCACUGGCCAGUAAAUAUAUUCUACUCCAUGUCCAUACUGUGACAAUCUUAUUGUCUACACUAUAUAAAUAAGCUUUUAAACAAGUCAUUUUUCUCGGUCAUUGUGAAAAGCCUGGAGCCGUAGAAGUAUGUCAGAAAAAAAUGUUGGUAUUCUCCCAUGGUUGGAAGAAAUGGGCUUUUUACAAGGGAGUAAAACUUAAGUCAGGGAAAAGAACAUCAAGGGACAGCAUUGCUUUUCUUCUUCUUUUUUGUGUGUUGUUAAUUGCUUGUUUUUUGUUGUUAACAAUUAAAGGAAUGAAAAUAUGUAAUACAUAAAUAUGACCACAAAGAAUACUGUUCUGAUUUAGUAGAGCAUGUCCCCAAUUUGAGUUGAGUGAUUUUAAAGAAGAGCAGUGAGAAAGGGCAUACAUCCACAAAUUCACUUUGUUUAUGCAUAUGUAGAUACAAGGGUGCAUAUAUACACAUUUUCAAGAACUAUUUUAGAUAUCUAGACAAUUUCUUCCUAAUGAAGUCAUUUGUGGAAGGGUACUACAGCUCUCAUUGACAUCAGUAAGGUAGCAUUACCUGUUUAUUCUCUGCUGCAUCUUACAGAAGAGUAAACUGGUGAGAGUAUAUAUUUUAUAUAUAUAUAUAUAUAAUAUGUAUAUAUAUAGAAAGAGAGACUUGUUACAUGAAGAUGUUAAAAUCGGUUUUUAAAGGUGAUGUAAAUAGUGAUUUCCGUAACAAAAAAUACAUAUUUUGUAUUGUUCUAAUGCAACAGAAAAGCCUUUUAAUCUCUUUGGUUUCUGUAUAUUCCAUGUAUAAGUGUAAAUAUAAUCAGACAGGUUUAAAAAUUGUGCAUGUAUGUAUACAGUUGCAAGUCUGGACAAAUGUAUAGAAUAAACCUUUUAUUUAAGUUGUGAUUACCUGCUGCAUGAAAAGUGCAUGGGGGACCCUGUGCAUCUCUGCAUUUGGCAAAAUGUCUUAUGUCAGAUCAGACAUUCAUCCCAACACGACAGUAUUCCAUUUCUGGACAUGACUUCUGUGGUUUAAGCUUUGUGACAGAAUGUGCUUUGAAUCCAAGGGUCUUAAAAAUUUUUUUAAAUCAAGUCAACCACUUUUCAACAUAAAGAAUUCACACAACUACUUUCAUGAAUUUUUUAAUCCCAUUGGAAGCAUACCAGGAGUAUUACAGCAUUAGCUGAUACUGUAAUACAGGCACAUUACCAUUCUUGGUAAGAAUUCUGGGGUUUACACAACCGAUUUUGAUGCGAUCUGCUCAGUAAUAUAAUUUGUCAUUUUUAUUAGAAAUUUCAUUUCUUCAUGUGAUGUCAUGAAACUGUACAUACUGCUGUGUGGAUUUUUUUUGUUUUGUUUUUUAAUCUUUUAGUGUUUACUUCCUGCAGUGAAUUU